AUGGAGAAAUUAAAACUAUAUAUCGAAAGCAAUUAAGAUUAAGAAUUCAAAGGCUACAUGGAAUGUGAAAAAAUAAUAUCUAAAAAUAUGAAAGAGAAUUUCCGUGAAUUAUGUCUUAGAAUUUAAUAAUUCUUGGAUAAUGACAAAUCUAGAUAUAUUUGUUAAUUUUGUAUAAUCAAAGUAUUUCGAAUUUGAUUUGCUUUAGUUAUGUUACAAACUUACUAUUGAUAUUAAAUAUAAUGAAGAAUUCCUUUUUGAGCAUUUUUAAAAUAUUGUUCUGCCAUCAAUAAUAAAUUACAUUUAUAAUAAUUAGAUGUAUUCCAAAUAGUUAGAGCCUAAAGUAUAAUAAUACAUUCUUUCAUCUGUUACUAUGUGUAAAGAACUGGUAAGUUAUUUCGCUCAUGUAUAUCCAUAAACAAAAGAUUACUAGCCUUCUAAAUUUUUAUGUUAGUAUUAAAUCUACAAAAAAUAGUAAAAAGAAAAUUAAUUUUAAAUAGAGAAAAAGAAGAAUUAUUAAUAUCUUAAAAAAAAUUUCAUAAAUAUUGAUCAGAAUUAUAAGUAGAUAAAGUAAUAAUGGAAGAGUUAAAAUUUAGUCUAAGAUGUAGUGUUUAUGUCUGAUAAUGAAUCAAAUUCUACAGAGGUAUAAUCUGCUGAAAUUUUUCAAUAAGUAAACUUGAAUUCUUAAAAAAAAGAUUAAUUUAUAUAAUCGAUUGAAAAAUAGCAAUAAAAUAUACCAGAGGAGAUUGAAAAAGAAAAAAAAGAUCAACUUUAAUAAAUAUUGGAUAACCUUUAAAAAUAAAUUGAUCAAAAGAAAUUAGAAUUACAAAAUAUUACAUAAGAGGUCUUAAAGAAAUAAAAAGAACAUUAACAAUUAUAAAAUUAAAUAGUAAGUCAAAUAAAAUCAAUAAGUACAACAGAUGGUAAUUAAUCUAAUAUUUGUAAAAUUUCAAAUAUUUCUAUUCAUGAAAAACAAAUUUUUGAUCCUAACUUUAAUUUUGAGUGUGACAAAUAAUAUAUUAUACAAUCAGAUGAACCAAUACCUCUAGUUUAAAUUGAUAAAUCAUACCCAGAUAAAAAGAAAAGAUUAUUAGAUGGUAGAGGUCUUUUUCAAAUUAGUGAAUAUUAUCUACUAGCUAGAUAAUUAAAAUUUAAUCAAAAUACAUUAGAUAUGGCUAUCUAUUUGAAAUGCAUUUAAAAUAGUAUAAGAUAAUUAAAAGUAUAGAUUAAAUGCGAAGUUAGCAGUAAUAAUUUUCUUUAUUGUAGAUGAAGUAUAUAGUAAUUUAAAUGAAAAUAAUAAUCUGAAACCUGAAUAAUAGGUCAGAUUUGAAAUUAGAAACAUUUAAAAGUCUUAACUCUACCAAAAAGAUAUCAAAAUUGAAUUAAUUAUUGAAAGUGAUGAAAUUAUCUUAGAAGAAACAACCUUUUAUUUGAAACUCACAAAUAUUGUCGAAUAUACUAUUGCUAAUGAGCAAGAAUUAGUGAAGGAAUAUCAAAGUAUCCCUAAAAUUUUGACAUCCAAACCCUUUAAAUUUGAUGAUGAAACAUUCCCAAAUGGAUUGUUUGAUGUAUAAAAAUGCAUUUAAUGUUCUCUUAACUAUAAAGAUUAAGGUAGAUCAUUAUUUUUUUCUGGAAGUAUAUAUGAUCAACAAUUUAUUUGCAGAGUAAUAAAUUAAUAAAUAUAUAUUAGAUUACUUUAGAUGAAGAAAAAUAAGCCUAAGUGAAUAUUAAGCAGCUAUAAUAAGAUGAAGAAUUAUGUAAAAGAUUAGUGCUAUCCUAUAUUGAAGCAUUAAACAAAAUUUGA